AGAGAGAGAGGAACAAAAAAAAAAGAAAAAAGAAAUUGGUAGAGAGAGAAAGAGAUAGGGACUAGAGAGAGAUGGUGAGGAGGAGGGAGAGGGUACACUUUAUUAACUUUUUUAUGAUGCACGCAUCCAUGGCAGAAUAGGGGUACAGAGUACUCUCUGCGAAGACACAAGGGUGGAAGAAGAGAUUAGAACAAGAAACACCACCACCACCAACAACAACAACAACAGAAAUAAUAUCAACCAGAGGAGACAGAGAGAGAAAGAGAGAUAUGGAGCUGGAAUGAUGCUUUCAGAUUUGAUGUGAAGCGAGAAGAAGAAGAAGAAGAAGAAGAAGAAAAAUAAGCUUUGGUUUGGAAAUGGUGGGCUGGGAAGAGAAAGAAGCAUUCUUUUCACGUCUUGGUGAAAUGGGUUCGUUUUGCUUGAGCUGUUGAUGUUGAUGGCAUGCAGAGAGUGGCUUCUGGGUGUGAAUUUGGAAGACUCAGAAAGAAAAGGAGAGACCUUGAGCUCUGCAAAUCUGGAGACCCAUUAACGGUCGUUGGAUAAUCUUGCUCUUAAGUGUUUCAAGUGUUAGUCUGAUCCUCCUCUGCAAAAUAAAAGGUUUGAGAUUUUCUAGUUAAUUUGUUGGGUUGGUAAAUUGUAGGAGAGGGAUGCCCUUUCAAUUUCAGCAACAGGGGAAGGGGGUCUUAGAAAUUACAGCGGCAUCAAUCUGUGACUGGAACCACAAGAAAGACGAGGAGCUUUUCUUCAACAACAGCUUCGUCAGCAACGAACCCACCUCUGUUCUUCAUAUGAGAAGGAGCCCGAGCCCACCCACUUCGGCAUCCACUCUCUCCUCCUCCUUCAACGGCGGCGGCAACGGCAACGGCACCACGCCGCUUCUGCAGGACACUUCGCCGGUGGGACCCGAGCCCGACACGGCGGCGGCGCGCAGCAGCAGCAAGGAUGAGUGGACCUGCGAGCUUCAGUCGAUUCCCAGCGGCGGUCUGGAGGCCGUGACCGGAUCGGGCGGCGGGAGAUGCGGCGGGCUUGGGUUGGAGGACUGGGAGACCGUGCUGUCCGAAACGGCGGCGUCUCCGGGUCAAGACCAGUCGCUGCUCCGGUGGAUCUCGGGCGACGUGGACGACGCGUCGUUUGGGCUAAAGCAGCUGUUGCAGAGCGGGAACAACAGCAACUGUCUUGAGUUUGACGGCAAUGCGGGUCUGGGAAUGGUCGAUCAGGGUUCCGGUUUCGACCACAUCGGGAGCAGCGUUUCGGGUCCCAAUUUGGGGUUCUCCGGCGGUUCUGGUUUCAAUGGGAAAAUGGGUUUUGUGCCCAGCUCUUCUGCGCCGCUGAAUUACAAGGUUUCAAAUGUUGGGUUGAUGAACAAUAAUGGCGGCAACAACAACAACUUCGCCAAUUCAGCACUUCCAGUUUCGCUGCCUCAUGGAAUGGUUUAUCAGAAUCACCAGCAGUUUGAGAACCCAGAUGAGAAGCCUCAGAUUCUGAACCCACAGAUGUUCAUGAACCAGCACCAGUCUCAGCUCCCUCAUCAAAAUCCAAACUUUUUCAUGCCAGUGACUUAUGCUCAGCAGGAGCAGCACUUUCUUCAGUCCCAGCCCAAGCGCCACAACCCAGGUGGCGGCGGUGGAGGACUGGACCCGAGUUCUCAGAUCCACCAAAAGGUACAAUAUUCUGAUCCGGGUCAUGAGUUUCUGCUCAGAAAGCAACACCUUCAGCAGCAGCAGCAGCAGCCCCAUUUUGGUAAUUUCCCUCCCGGAAUGCAGUUCCUUCCUCAGCAGCACCACACUCAACCGAGGCCGGUAGUGGUGCCCAAGCAGAAGGUGGGUGGCGAAGAAAUGGCGGCGGCGGCUCACCAGAACCAGCAGCAACUGCUGCAGCAUAGUUUGCUGGACCAGCUCUAUAAGGCCGCAGAAAUGGUAGGUACUGGGAACUUCUCACACGCGCAGGCGAUAUUGGCGCGGCUCAAUCACCAGCUCUCCCCUGUUGGAAAGCCCCUUCAGCGGGCUGCUUUCUAUUUCAAGGAGGCUUUGCAACUCCUCCUCCUUAUGAACAACCCAGCAACCUCUCCUCCACCAAGAACCCCGACCCCUUUUGAUGUCAUCUUCAAAAUGGGGGCUUACAAAGUCUUCUCUGAAGUGUCUCCAUUGAUUCAGUUUGUCAAUUUUACUUGCAACCAGGCUCUACUUGAGGCUGUAUCAGAAGCUGAUCAGAUUCACAUUGUUGAUUUUGAUAUUGGGUUUGGUGCUCACUGGGCCUCCUUUAUGCAGGAGCUCCCAUUGAGGAACAGGGGUGGCGCUUCCCCCUCUCUCAAAAUCACUGCUUUUGCCUCCCCUUCUACUCAUCACACAGUUGAGCUUAAUCUUAUGCGUGAUAAUUUAACCCAAUUUGCUGAUGAGAUUGGCUUAGGUUUUGAGCUUGAAGUAGUUAACAUUGAUUUGUUGGACCAAAACUCAUACUCGCUGCCCUUUUUCCGAGCCAAUGAUAAUGAGGCCAUUGCUGUGAAUUUCCCCAUUUGGUCUAGUUCGAAUCAACCGGCUGCUUUGCCCAAUCUCCUUCAAUUUGUUAAACAGCUCUCUCCCAAAAUUGUGGUGUCUUUGGAUAGAGGGUGUGACAGGAGUGACCUUCCAUUCCCACAGCACAUUCGGCAGGCCCUCCAAUCCUACAUAAACCUCUUGGAAUCUCUUGAUGCGGUUAAUGUAACUUCGGAUGCUGUGAACAAGAUUGAGAGGUUCCUCCUUCAGCCUAAGAUUGAAAGCACUGUUUUGGGGCGUCUCCGAACCCCUGACAAAAUGCCCCUAUGGAAAACGCUCUUUGCCUCAGCUGGUUUUACUCCAUUAUCCUUCAGUAACUUCACGGAGACUCAGGCAGAAUGUGUGGUCAAGAGGAGUACAGCAAGAGGGUUUCAUGUCGAGAAGCGUCAAGAGUCACUUGUGCUAUGCUGGCAGCGCCGAGAGCUCAUCUCAGCUUCAGCUUGGAGGUGCUGAUCAGGAGCAGCAUUUUGAGACGAGCAGAGGGAGGUUGGUUUUUUGCAACUCACAAUUGAUGGCAGAGGUUUCCAGCUUACUCUACUCUGAUAAUAUGUCAAUAAAUAUUGAACUAUGUUCUGAAUUGACACCUCUGUUAUGACUUAAUCCUUGUGAUCGGUUGUCAUGUUUGUGAGUCUCUCCUUUGCAAUAUGUCUAUCUAGUCUAAAACAGACUAGUAUUCUCAGUAGGAUUAUCUAACUGGCAAGUCUAGAGUCUUGUUUCUAUUCAACUUGGAUAUUGCUGCUAUGGUACUUUGAUGUUUUAAUUGGCAAUUGCAAGCUGCAUAUUCUUCUGGUUUAGAGGGUGAUAGUACGUUGUACACUCGGCAACAAAUGAACUAGAAAUGGAAAAUAUAUUACCAGCUUUUAAAUCA